AUGGUGUGCGCGGCCCUCGAGGGCGUCGCGGCCACCGUGUUCCUUCCGGCGCUCAUGUCGCUGCUCCUCGGGGUCGUCCCUGAUCGCGAGCUCGGCUCGGUGCUGUUGACAGUGCUUGCUGGCGUGAUUGCUGGCGUGGCGUACCCCAACGUCGAGGGCAUCUUCUACCUUCUGGGCGCUGGAGGGGUGGCGGCCGCCGUCUUCGUGAUGCUCAUACCAGCUGAAACGAUCAAGCACAAGCGAGCCAGGCAAGCCGUCGUCACGGUUGAGUCGAUCACGGUUGACUCAACGCCAUCAAUUACGGGUGCGGUCGAUGGCGAGGGCGGCAGCGACGCGCCCAGGCAGAGAGCCGCUGCCGCCGCCUCUCACACGCGCUACUCGCGCUACUCUGAACUCUUCCGCAGUCGCGGCAUCGUCGCCCUGCUCACCUUCAUGUACCAUCUGUCGAACGCGGGCGUCACGCCGCUCGUCACGCAGCUCAUCGCGCACGAGGACGAGCGCACCGGCCUCGUCUUCACCUCCGCCGUCCUGUGCAUCUUCUACUUU